AUUCAACUUUUUGGACCCAAAAUCUUUGCACCGUUCUGGGAGAUCUUUUCUACACUUUGUCUAAGUUUCAUAUUUCUGCUCUGAGAAAACACGAUCCCUAGAAAUUAAUUAAAACGGGGACACGCUUUUUGAACCCAAAUUUUCUUUGCUUCAAGCUGAACAGCAGCUCUCUUACCAGUGCAAAAUUCAGAUCAGAAUAACAGAGUGUUGGGGACUAUGAGGUGAAAAACAAACCUCAAAUACAACCAGACUUGAUGUGUAGGUGCAUAUCAGAUGACGAGAUGAUGUCAUGCUGGAAGUGUGUGUCGGUCAAUGGGGAGACAUGUUUGGAUGGGUUAAUUCUGUUGGUCAAAUAUGAAAUGGAAGGAUUAUAACGUGACUGACUGGUCACUAGGUGGCUGUUCGACUGCAUGGACUCAUGCAAUGGUGGUAGGAAGGAGGACUGGAUGAAUGAAUGAUGCUGGCUGGAAGAAAAUAUAUGGACUGACAGACAGAUAAAAGGAUUGGUAAAUGUGCAAUAGACAGACAAACAGCAAGAACGUCACUGUCAUGCUCAUAACGUUACUUAAAUUUCUGAUCGAGACCUUUUCUUUAAGUUGCCAUGUUUAAUAAAUCCACCGUUUUGUUCUCUUAAACGCAUUGUUUUUUUUUCUUUAGACUGUGGUUCCCAUUUCAAAAGAAAUUCCUUCGUUACAGAUCAGGAAUAAACAGCUCGCGAACAAGGUUUUGCUAUAAACAUGUUCAGAGGGUUCGGAUUUUUCUCUUCUUUUCGGAGGCAUGGCAACCCCUUUUAAAGCCACAGCCCCUCAAGUGCGCCAGUAGCGAGGAAGCUGGCAACACGACCGUCCUGUGCGCACACGACCAGCGGCUGCAAGGAAACCCAGAACCAGGGACUGUCUUGUGAUCACCUCAUUCUCUGGAAUGAUGAAGUGUUUUGAUAAAUGAGCGCAGACUUUCAAAAAUAUCUCUUUCUAUAUGAUGCAUUUUACGUGGACAAGAAAUUGAUUCGAGAACCAGAGCAGCCAUUAACCUUCAGGGCCCCAUCUGAAUGUAAAUAUGAACGCCAUCAAUGGAGGGAUUUUGACUCAUCAUGUCCAGGAACUAUGAGCCUGGUCAAUCAGUAGGGAUGUUGGCUGCCGUGGAACAUGGUCCCAUCCUGUGCAGUGACUCCAACAUCCUCUGCCUCUCGUGGAAAGGCAGAGUCCCGAAAAGCGAGAAAGAUAAGCCAGUGUGCCGGAGGAGGUACUACGAGGAGGGCUGGCUCGCCACCGGGAACGGGAGAGGAGUUGUUGGGGUGACGUUUACGUCCAGUCAUUGCAGGAGAGAUCGGAGCACGCCGCAGAGAAUCAACUUUAACCUCCGUGGACACAACAGUGAGGUUGUCUUGGUGCGCUGGAAUGAACCCUUUCAAAAGUUGGCAACAUGUGAUAUGGAAGGAGGUAUUUUCGUGUGGAUUCAGUACGAAGGACGGUGGUCAGUGGAGUUGGUGAAUGACCGAGGAGCGCAAGUGAGCGACUUCACCUGGUCACAUGACGGCACCCAGGCUCUUAUUGCCUAUAGGGAUGGGUUUGUGUUAGUGGGUUCGGUGAGUGGACAACGCCACUGGUCCUCUGAAAUCAACCUGGAAAGCCAGAUUACUUGUGGCAUUUGGACACCUGAUGAUCAGCAGGUUCUCUUCGGUACAGCCGAUGGUCAGGUGAUAGUGAUGGACUGUCACGGACGGAUGCUGGCGCACGUCCUCCUUCAUGAGUCGGAUGGAAUCGUAAGCAUGUCCUGGAACUGUCCGGACUUCCUGGUGGAGGACAGCACAGAGAGUGACACAGACUCCGACGAAAAUUUCUUGCCUAUUGGUAAAAAAAAAAUACUUCACUUACAUUCAUUUCAUUUCGAUAAUAAAGCUGACAAAUUUCUCCUUGUAGUGCGCAGAGUCAAGCCCUUGUUGACCGUCACCUUCCUAUCCGGAGACAUCAGUUUAAUGAACAACUACGACGAUCUCUCUCCUGCUGUUAUCAGCUCCGGGCUGAAAGAUGUGGAGGCCCAGUGGUGCUCACAGGGAGAUCUUCUGGCUGUAGCGGGGAUGGACAGACAUGGAAUGGCCUCAGACUCUGCUUGUGCCUCCAUCAUGAGAAAUGCUGUGGUGAAGUUUUACAACAUUCAGGGGGAACACAUCUACACCUUGGAAACACCAGCACAGAGGCCCAUCACCACCAUCUGUUGGGGUCACAGAGACUCUCGUGUUUUCCUGGCUUGUGGACCAGCUCUGUACGUGGUGCGUGUGGAACACCGAGUGGCCAGUCUCCAGCUCUUGUGCCAGCAGGGGAUCGCCAGUGCCCUGCGAGAGGAGAAGGAUGUGGGGAAACUGAACAUGCCGUCCCUGCUGUGCUCUUACGUAACGUCAGCUUUCAUACCCACCAUCAAGCCACCCAUUCCUGACCCAAACAAUAUCCGUGACUUUGUCAGCUAUCCCACAUCUGGGAAUGAAAGGCUGCACUGCACCAUGAAGCGAGCGGAAGAUAGUCCGGAGGCCGGCGGCCCAUGCUACACCCUCUACCUGGAAUAUUUAGGUGGACUGGUGCCCAUUCUGAAAGGGAGGCGCAUUAGCAAGUUGCGGCCAGAGUUUGUCAUAAUGGAUCCCAAAAGUGACAGUAAAGCAGAGGAGGUUUGUGUGAAUCCAAUGAUCUCCUACGCUGACAGCUGCAACUGUUCGGACUCCAGCGAUAUUGAGCUGAGUGAUGAGUGGGUGGGGAAGAAAUCUCCCAAGUUAUCCAGAGGAAGCAGGAUGAACAUGGAAUCAAGGAAGUCUCCCAAACUUUCCCGAGCUAAUCAGGAAGGUCAACGUUCACCACGGUUCUCAAUGGAUGCGUUCACCGAGCACAGUUACCUUGCUCAGGUCACAUCCAAUAUCUGGGGCACCAAGUUCAAAAUAGUUGGCCUUGCUUCUUUCCUCCCAGCCAAUUUGGGUGCAGUCAUCUAUAAGACCAGUUUGCUUCAUUUGCAACCAAGGCAGAUGACCAUCUAUCUGCCCGAGGUCCGGAAGAUAUCACAUGACUUCAUGAGCCUGCCUGUGUUCAACCCCAAUGUUUUUAGUGAAGAUGAAGACGAUAUGCCCGUGAUGGGGGCUUCAGGGGUUGCAGGAGACAACCCCCCUUGCACGGUCAACAUUCCCAUUGCACCAAUUCACAGCCCUGCUCAGGCCAUGUCCCCGACCCAGAGCAUUGGGCUGGUUCAGUCUCUACUUGCAAAUCAGAACAUUCAGCUUGACGUGCUCACCAAUCCAACUGCCACAGCGGCCGCAGUGGCAGCUGCUGCAGCAGCCUCAGUCCCGUCCACAGACCACAGCCAGGAUGCUGUUGCUUCGCCCUACCCCUUGCCUGCGAGAUAUACCAACCCUGGUCAGACUGUAUUCAGUGGAAUGGAGAUGGGUCCUCUUCUCCCUGGUACACUACCUCCUCCCCCACCACCGCACCAUCCACCGCCACAGCCACACCAACAACGGUCUCACUCACAACAUCUGCAGGCCAAACAGUCGCUGCAGAUGCAGACACAGCCGCAGCAGCAGCAGAAGAUACACCUCCACCAACAGCAGCAGCAACAGCAUCAGUCCCAACAACAGCAGCUGCAGCAACAGCUCCAGCAGCUGCACCACCAGCAGACGCUGCAUCAACAGCAGUCACAACACCAAGUCCAACAACACCAACAAAUGCAACAGCAGCCGGUCUCCAGCCAGCAGCUUCAUCACCAACAACAAAUCCAGCAUCAGCAGCACCAGAUGAUUCUGCAGCACGAGCAGAUGCAGCAACAGCAGCAACAGAUGCAGCAUCAGCAGCAGCAGAUUCGCCAGCAGAUCCAGGAGAUGAGGCAACAGCAGCAGCAGCUGCAGCAGCAGCAUCAGCAGAUCCAACAGCAGCAUCAACAAAUGCAGAGGCAGCAUCAACAAAUGCAGCAGCAGCUCAAGAUGCAGAUGUCAUUGCCCCCACCUCCGUCUAGCUAUCCAACCAUUUCAUUACAACAGAUCCAUCUCCUGCCACAGAUUCCUCCACCACCCACCCCAGAGCAAGGACUGGACAGACUCCUAAAUCCUAGUUUGCCAAGGACUCUGCCACCCUCCUUCAGUAUCCGAGAUGGGUCUGUAGAGAUGAGAAAGGUGAAUCCUCCUCCACCAUACCCUGGUACGGUACCAGCAGCUGUCGCGACUGCAGCCACGCCUCCUCAAACACUAGUCACUAACUGUGACAACCCCAGUGUACUGGCACCGGACACUUGCUUGAAAAAAGAUGAGUUCUUGCUCCACCCUGUGACAUUACAGUACCCAACCCCACUCGGGUAUGAACGAAUUACAACCUUUGACAGCAGUGGCAACGUGGAGGAAGUAUGUCGACCUCGCCGGCGCCUUAUUCGCAACAAAAACAUGUAUGCAGUCCAUGGCAUCAGUGGCUCAGCAACUCUUAAAGUCACAUCCUCCGACAGUAAAAAGGUCCAACUUCCUUAUAGUUCCGCCACACUGAGUCGACUGUCUGUUCCCAGAUAUUCCAUACCCAGUGGGGAACCUCCGCCGUACCCUGAUCCCGCGAAUCCAGUCACUGCUACUCUUCCUCCUCCUCCUCCUCAGAGGAUUGACAACAGUUUGAUUCAUGCGACUCUUCGUCGGGAACGUCGGGAUGUCGGACUUAAGGUGUCACAGAUGAUGGAAAGCUCAAGAACCUUGCCCACCAAGGCGAAAAUAAACAGUACAUUGGCACUGGGCUACCAGCAGAGAGUUCCGUCUGCGUUGUACACCUGUACCCAGUGCAGCAGUAACAGCAGCGGCACCAGCGUCAGCGUCAGUGGUGGAGGGACCAGCAGUAGCGGUAUUGCGGGGGGCACCGUAGUGAGACAGGAUUUCCCUCCAGGAAAAGGCGCACAUCACAGCACCAUCAUUGUGCACUCAAAAAGCUCCUCACCACUCGCCUCCCAGUCCUCCUACAGUCUGAUGAGUGCUGUUGAUAACAGCAGAGACCGCACCGUGUAUGUAAACUCCGCCUUUACUGAAGACGAGACCCUCAAUCAGCAGUGUCACCUCGAAAAAUCGGUAAGCCAACUGACUCUGGGUGACGUCAACUUGACAGUCAAGCGUCCACCUCCCUAUCAGUGGGACACAUCCACCGCAGGGGAGUUCUGGCUCACCCCUGAGCAAACCAUGUUAGGCCCCACUUCCGGCUCUCAUAAACUACCAUCUCUUAUCAUUAGUCAAGCACAACACUUGGACAUCACUCAACUGCCUUUUGUCCUGGCCAAUAAAUCUGCCUCUGGUCCGAACACAAGCACACUGACAUUUCCAUCGGGGUACCAGAUUUCCCUCGCUCCUUGCCCUCCUGCCGUUUCUCACAGUGGAUCGCAACUACAGACCCUGCAGAACCCUCCUCAAAAUGAAGUCUUAUCUCCCUUCUCUCAACAAGAUUCCAAUAUCACCUUGUCAGCAGGCUACUCCCCCAGUCUUGCAAGUAUUGCCUGCUGCCCCCUCCCUCCUAUGUAUCCAGGAACAAGCUCCUGUGCUGGCCUUCAACUGCAUCCCGUUAGUCUUCACCCCUGGAACCCAUACCCCUGCCCACCUCCAAUGCAAGAUCCCCCGGCACCACCUUUGCCCACUAAAAAUCAUCAGGUUUUAGAGAAACCAAUUCUCUCACCUCCCCCUCCAACGGCACCACCUCCACCACCUCCUGUGCCUCCCCCACCUCUGCCGACUGAGCCUCCACCCAAAAGUGCUCCGGAGGAUCUGUCGGAGUCUGCAAGUAACUUCCCGGAGCCGUCAUCUUUGACGGAAAGCCCAGUGCAACAUGAGUCCGAACGAUUUAACAAGAAGAGUCGCAAAAGGGUGGACAGUCGGGCAGACGAGGCCACCAUGACCUCCAUCUCUGAGGGCAAGUCCAAAAAGGAUGGCCGCACACUUUCGGACUUCAACACCCUCAUUUCCAGCCCGAGGCUUGGCAGUCGAGAGCGGAAGAAGCCAAAGGGAUCGAGGGAGCAACUCAACAAAACCAAGAAAAUGAGCAGGACCACUAAUGAGUUCCAAGACAGCUCAGAGAGUGAGCCAGAGCUCUUCAUCAGUGGCGAUGAGCUCAUGAACCAGAAUCAGAGCAGCAAGAAGAGCUGGAAGAACAAGCGCAGCAUGAGGAUGGCGAGUGAGCUGGAAGAGAUAAAGUGCCGCAAAGCAAACGAGAGAGAAGAUCGCAGCCUGGGCAGUCAAGGGUUUGUCUACGUGAUGGCCAACAAACAGCCGUUAUGGAAUGAAGCCACUCAAGUAUACCAGCUCGACUUUGGGGGAAGGGUCACCCAGGAGUCAGCCAAGAACUUUCAGAUUGAGCUGGACGGUAGACAGGUGAUGCAGUUUGGAAGAAUCGAUGGAAACGCUUACAUCCUGGAUUUCCAGUACCCUUUCUCUGCUGUGCAGGCAUUUGCUGUUGCCUUGGCCAAUGUGACUCAGAGGCUGAAGUGAAAUGAAAAAAAAAAAUCCUGAGUCAUUAUUUGUUGGGCCCUUUAUGAAAAAGGAUUAACAGUAUGUAGAUAGAAGUCAUUGCAAUAUCAUUUAGUGCAUAUAAAGAGUGUGUCUGUGGUCAUUUGCACAACACAAAUUUAACAAACCCUGGAUCGGUUUGGCCCAUGGUAGUGCCAAAGGAACUAGAGGAACUAGUCUAUUGUAACUCAAAGGUAGCCCAACGCCAUUCCAUUUUUUAAACAAUCACAACUAAGUCAACAAGUGUUGAUAAUAUUUCCAUUCAUACCUUUAACAAACUACAGUUUGUUGUAAAACAUGUAACUUUCACUGAGGUGAUCUGGCUCUCACAGUUCUUAUAUUUUCUAUACAUGUUAUUUCUAUGAGGAAUUGCUGUAUUUAUUUCCAAAGAACUCAAUUUCUAUUGAGCAGUUAAGCUUGUAGUAUAGUUUUGAUUCAACUUCAUAUAUUAUUAUUUAUAAUAUUUUUAUUACUAUCAUCAUACAUUAAGUACAUACUUUUUUCAGCAGCUGUCUUAGUAUAAAAAAUAUGAAUCCAUAUGUUCAUUACGGUACAAACUUAAGUUACUGCCAUUUAUUAUAUAUUUUAAUGUUCAAACAUUUAUUUCCCAUUGAUUCUAUACUUAGAACACCUUUUUUAAAUCCCCGUGUGAUGUGUUCUGUAUAUUUUAAGCAUCAAAAAGCUGGUGGUGAGAGAAUUUUUCUCUUUUAAUAGCGCAGGCUCCUGACUAACAGACAUCUAAGAAUGAAUAACACGUUUAAAAAAGGAACUUAAUGGGGCUGUUCUUGCCCCUGGAUGUACAUGAUUAUACUUGAAAAUUGCAUUUCAACUGAAGUAGUUUUUCCUCUUUGAACAGUCAGUGCUGCUGAAGCUUAUUUGCAACUAAGAACAAUCACAGAGCUGAUUUACUCGCUUAGCUGAGUGUACUCAGAAGUAGUGUUUAUGCUUUGCCUAUGUUUGUGAUAUUGUACAUUAUAUUUGCUGUAAAAUGUUGACUAUUUUCAUGUUAGAAGGAAUGACACCCUGUUAUUAAGAGUAUGUAGAUUUGGUGCUAAUGUACAAAGAAACUAACAGUUGCUUAUUAUAGAUGACAAAACCUUGAGAAGGUUGAAAGAGACUUGGUCAGAAUGUCCACAGAGAGAUUCAUUUGAGUGUUAACGCUGCUUAAGAGAAUUGUGCGUCAGUUAUCAGCAAUAUUGUAGUACCUAUAGUCAGUUGCCUUUUUUUCCUCCAAUAUUGUGAAACAAAAACAAGGUAACCAUGGGUUUACAUUUAUGGACCUAUAGACUGGCCAAACGUGUAAUAAAGAAUCUGUUCCAA